GCAGCCGCCGGGGGAGAGCCCGGCCGCCCGCCGCCAGCAUGACCCGCUGGAUCCCCACCAAGCGGGAGAAGUACGGGGUCGCAAUCUACAAUUACGAGGCUGUCCAAGAUGUGGAGCUCUCCUUGCAGGUUGGUGAUACGGUUCACAUUUUGGAGAUGUAUGAAGGUUGGUACAGAGGAUACACCCUCAGGAAUAAAUCGAAAAAGGGCAUUUUCCCCAAAACUUACAUUCAUUUAAAAGAGGCAACUGUGGAAGACCGAGGACAACAUGAAACAGUGAUUCCAAGUGAAUUACCCCUUGUUCAAGAACUUACUUCCACACUGAGGGAGUGGGCAGUUAUCUGGCACAAGCUGUAUGUGGACAACAGGAUGACACAAUUUCGGCAUUUACAGCAAAUGACCUAUUGCCUGAUAGAAUGGAGAUCACAGAUACUCUCUGGGACCCUUCCCAAAGAUGAGCUGGCAGAACUCAAGAAGAAGGUCACUGCUAAAAUUGACUAUGGCAACAGGAUCUUAGGCCUGGAUCUGGUGGUGCGGGAUGACAAUGGAAACAUUCUGGACCCAGAUGAAACCAGCACAAUUGCUCUCUUUAAGUCCCAUGAGAUGGCAUCCAAAAGGAUCGAUGAAAGGAUCCAAGAGGAGAAGUCUCUGCAACAGAAUUUAGAUCUCCGAGGGCAGCCAGUAUUUAACACAACACAUACAUACAGCUUGUACAUGAACUUCAAGAACUUUGUCUGCAACAUUGGUGAAGAUGCAGAGUUGUUCAUGAGCCUCUAUGAUCCUGACCAGUCAAAACUGAUCAGUGAAAAUUACCUGGUUCGUUGGGGCAGUAAUGGGAUGCCGAAGGAAAUUGAGAAACUUAAUAAUCUCCAAGUGAUCUUUACAGACCUGAGCAGCUUGGACCUAAUCAGGCCCAAAAUCAGCUUGGUGUGUCAAAUUGUGAGAGUGGGGCACAUGGAGCUAAAAGAUGGAAAGAAACACACCGGUGGGCUCCGGAGACCAUUUGGGGUGGCAGUAAUGGACAUUACUGAUAUCAUACAUGGGAAGGUGGAUGACGAGGAAAAGCAACACUUUAUUCCUUUUCAGCAAAUUGCAAUGGAAACCUACAUCAGGCAGCGACAGCUAAUCAUGUCCCCUCUAAUGACUUCCCAUGUGAUCGGUGAGAAUGAGCCGCUCACUUCGGUCUUCAACAAAGUCAUCGCUGCAAAGGAAGUGAAUCAUAAAGGGCAAGGCCUCUGGGUCUCCCUGAAGCUGUUACCUGGAGACUUAGCCCAGGUUCAGAAGGAUUUUUCUCACCUUGUCGACAGAUCGACUGCAGUGGCUCGCAAAAUGGGAUUCCCUGAGAUUAUUCUUCCCGGUGAUGUUCGAAACGACAUCUACAUCACUCUAAUACAAGGAGAGUUUGACAAAGGGAAGAAGAAGACUCCCAAGAAUGUAGAAGUCACUAUGUCUGUGCAUGAUGAAGAUGGCAACCUCUUGGAGAAAGCUAUCCAUCCAGGUGCUGGUUAUGAAGGGAUCUCCGAAUACAAGUCCGUUGUUUACUAUCAAGUCAAGCAGCCUUGUUGGUAUGAAACCGUAAAGGUGUCUAUUGCAAUUGAAGAGGUCAGUCGUUGCCAUCUGAGGUUUACGUUCCGUCACCGAUCAUCACAGGAAUCCAGGGAUAAAUCGGAGAGAGCUUUCGGGGUGGCCUUUGUGAAACUGAUGAAUGCGGAUGGAACAACUCUGCAGGAUGGCAAACACAAUUUAGUCAUUUACAAGGGCGAUAACAAGAAAAUGGAAGAUGCUAAAUUCUAUUUAACUCUUCCUGGCACAAAAGUAGAGGAGGAGAAGGAUGGCCCACCAGGCAAAAACCUGCACCACUUGGCCAACUUCACGCCCACUAAAGACAGCACGAAGGACAGCUUCCAGAUCGGCACUCUUAUCUGUUCCACCAAACUGACCCAGAACGUUGACCUGCUGGGUUUGUUGAACUGGCGUUCUAACUCUCAGCACAUCGCGCACAACCUAAAGAAGCUAAUGGACGUGGAAGGAGGAGAAAUUGUAAAGUUUUUACAAGACACACUUGAUGCACUUUUCAACAUAAUGAUGGAGAUGUCAGACAAUGAAACCUAUGACUUCCUUGUGUUUGAUGCACUGGUAUUUAUUAUUUCUCUGAUCGGAGACAUCAAGUUCCAGCAUUUUAACCCUGUACUUGAAACUUAUAUUUACAAGCACUUCAGCACCACCCUGGCAUAUGUGAAACUCACCAGAGUACUGAACUAUUACGUACGAAAUGCAGAUGACUCCAGCAAGACAGAAUUGCUGUUCGCUGCCCUGAAAGCCUUGAAGUAUCUAUUCCGAUUCAUCGUCCAAUCACGGGUACUGUACCUGAGGUUUUAUGGGAAAGACGAAGAUGGGGAUGAGUUUAACAAUGCAAUCCGCAAGUUGUUUUUCUCCUUCAAUGUCCUCAUGGACCGACCACUAGAGGAGGCUGUCAAGAUUAAGGGCGCAGCUUUAAAAUACUUACCAAGCAUCAUAAAUGACGUCAAACUAGUAUUUGAUCCGGUUGAGCUCAGCAUCCUCUUCAGCAAAUUUAUCCAAAGUAUCCCUGACAACCAGUUAGUUCGGCAGAAACUCAGCUGCAUGACCAAGGUAGUGGACAGUGAUCUGUUCAAACAAUCUGAAUGCAGAGAUGCGCUCCUGCCUCUACUAAUAGAUCAGCUAAGUGGCCAACUGGAUGACAAUUCAAACAAGCCUGAUCAUGAGGCAUGUUCUCAGCUCCUCAGUAACAUUCUAGAAGUGCUUGACUGGAAGGAUGUGGGGCCCACUGCAGUUCACAUCCAGCUGAUCAUGGAGCGCCUGCUGAGGAGAAUAAACCGGACGGUGAUUGGAAUGAGCAGACAGUCUCUGCACAUUGGUAGUUUUGUAGCCUGCAUGACAGCCAUCCUGAGACAGAUGGAUGAUUUCCACUAUAACCACUACAUCAGCACUUUCAAAACCAGACAGGACAUUAUCGACUUCCUGAUGGAAACCUUCAUCAUGUUUAAGGAUCUGAUCGGGAAGAAUGUCUAUGCGAACGACUGGAUGGUGAUGAACAUGAUGCAGAGCAGGGUUUUCCUCCGAGCAGUGAACCAGUUUACCACUGUGCUCAACCGAUUCUUUCUGGAUCAAGCAAGCUUCGAACUCCAGCUCUGGAACAAUUACUUCCACUUGGCAGUAGCCUUUCUCACUCACGAAUCCCUCCAGCUGGAGAACUUCUCACAGGCCAAACGCAACAAAAUUGUCAAGAAAUAUGGGGACAUGAGGAAAGAGAUCGGCUUCAAAAUAAGGGAUAUGUGGUAUAAUCUGGGCCCCCAUAAGAUCAAGUUCAUCCCAUCGAUGGUGGGUCCAAUCCUGGAGGUGACCCUGAUACCUGAGCCUGAGCUGCGGAAAGCUGCCAUUCCCAUUUUCUUUGACAUGAUGCAGUGCGAGUUCAACUUCAGUGGGAACAGAAACUUCCAUAUGCUUGAAAACGAGUUGAUAACGAAACUGGACCAGGAAGUGGAAGGGGGCCGAGGGGAUGAGCAAUACAAGGCCUUGCUGGAGAAACUCCUGCUGGAGUACUGCCGGAAGCACAAAUACCUGUCGAGUUCUGGAGAAGUGUUUGCUUUGCUGGUCAGCAGCCUGCUAGAAAAUCUCUUGGACUACAGGACCAUCAUGCAUGACGAAAGCAAGGAGAACCGUAUGAGCUGCACUGUCAAUGUGCUGAAUUUUUAUAAGGAGAAGAAACGGGAGGACAUAUACAUCAGGUAUCUGUAUAAACUCCGAGACCUACACAGGGACUGUGAGAACUUCACAGAGGCAGCAUACACUCUGCUUCUCCAUGCAGAACUCCUCAAGUGGUCCGAUAAGCCAUGUGCUCCCCAUCUGCUGCAGAGGGACAGCUACUAUGUUUAUUCACAACAGGAACUCAAGGAAAAACUCUACCAAGAAAUCAUCUCUUUCUUCGACAAGGGCAAAAUGUGGGAGAAAGCAAUCCAGCUAAGCAAAGAGUUGGCUGACAUGUAUGAGAACAAAGUCUUUGAUUACGAGGGGCUUAGUAAUCUUUUGAAAAAACGAGCCAUGUUUUAUGAGAAUAUUAUGAAGGCAAUGAGACCUCAGCCCGAGUAUUUUGCUGUUGGGUAUUAUGGGAUGGGUUUCCCCUCAUUCCUCCGGAAUAAAAUCUUUAUCUACCGUGGCAAGGAGUAUGAACGGAGGGAAGACUUCAAUCUGAAAUUGCUCACCCAGUUUCCAAACGCUGAGAAGAUGACCAGCACUACCCCUCCAGGAGAAGAGAUCAAGUCUUCCCCUAAACAGUAUGUGCAGUGCUUUAUAGUGAAGCCUGUGAUGAACCUGCCACCCAACUAUAAAGACAAGCCUGUUCCGGAGCAGAUCCUAAACUACUACCGAGCCAAUGAGGUUCAGCAGUUCACAUAUUCCCGGCCGUUUAGGAAAGGAGAAAAAGAUCCGGAGAAUGAAUUUGCGACCAUGUGGAUUGAAAGAAUGACCUACACAACUGCCUACACGUUCCCAGGCAUCCUCAAGUGGUUUGAAGCCAAACAGAUUACAACGGAGGAGAUCAGCCCUUUGCAGAAUGCCAUCGAAACCAUGGAGCUGACCAAUGAGAAGAUCAGCAACAGCGUCCAACAGCACGCCUGGGACCGGUCCCUGCCUGUGCACCCGCUCUCCAUGCUGCUGAAUGGCAUUGUGGACCCUGCAGUCAUGGGGGGAUACACCAACUAUGAAAAGGCCUUUUUCACAGAGAAAUAUAUCCAAGAACAUCCUGAAGACCAAGAUCAAAUUGAACUACUUAAGCAUUUAAUUGCCUUACAGAUGCCUUUGCUGGCUGAAGGGAUUAGGAUUCAUGGUGAGAAACUGACUGAGCAGCUGAAGCCCCUGCAUGACAGACUGACAACCUGCUUCAAAGAGCUGAAGAAGAAAGUCGAGAAGCUCUAUGGUGUGAUAACUCUGCCUUCCUCUCUGACGGAGAGGAAGCAGAGUAGGUCAGGCUCCGUGGUAUUGCCCUACAUCAUGUCUUCCACGCUGAGACGACUGUCUGUCACCUCUGUGAGUUCCUCUGUGGUAUCUACGUCCUCCACUUCAUCUGACAGCACCUCCUCCAGGCCAGGAUCUGAUGGAUCCAUUCUCGAGCCUCUCUUGGAGAGAAGGCUGUCAACGGCUUCCAAGGCUGAAGAGCUGCCUGUCAAGGAAGAUGCCGAUAACCGGAUUAACAAAUUCAAGCGAAAGGAUUGGAGUAUUAGCAAGUCUCAGGUUAUUGUGGAGAAGGAGCCAGAAGCUGAACUGACUUCCAAAACGAGCACAUCAGAAAAAGCACAGAGGCCAAAGAGUCUUCAGUUAGGAGACAGCAGACUGACAUUGCUUCAAGCUUCCUCACUCCAGCAGUCAACCCCACUCAGUCCACCCCCGAUCACUCCAAAAACCCCAAGAACCCACAGUUUUCCCUCCUUGCAGACAGAUGGAUUGGCAACUGCUAACUUCCAGAGCACCCCACCUCCGCCUCCACCCAAGAGCAAACCCUAUGAGAAUAGCAACUCCAGGAACUCUUUGGAGGUCGCCCCACCACUGCCCAGCAGACGUGAAGUCAAACCUCCCCCUCCGCCUCCGAAAGCAAGAAAAUCCAGCGUCAUCUCUUCGGAGCAGGGAUUGCAAUAAGGAUUCCCUCUGCGUACCAAAUAACACCUUGAGUGAAAUGGGCUGCUUUUCUUUUACUGUCACUCUGAGUCUUUCCAGCCCUAAAGACUGGUGAUUCCAUCUUCCCUUCCCUUCCCUGGGAGUUUCCCCCAGGUAAUUCCAAAAUAAGCCACUUGAACUGUAUAUAUUUUGCAUUCCCAACCCUCUGAUUUUCCUUGCACACAUUAAGACACUAAGCCCGAUGGGGAACCCUGUGAGCUUUAAAAUGGAGGCAAUGUUACCAGAAAUCUGAGGCUCAUACCCCAAAAGGGCUUGUCUGCACUGUUGGUGGUUCCACAAGUGUAACUGUAUCAGCGAGAACCCCUUGUGCAGAGUUGCCGCACUGGUAUAAAAAGGAUUUGCAGCAGCACUUAAACCGAGAUCAGCCACGUCAAUGCAAAACACUCCUUAUACUGCCCCAGCAUGUUUGCAUUACAGGUUUAUACCUAUGCAGCUGCCCCAAUGGGGCGGAGAGUCAAGGGGGAGUAAGGGAGCCCUGAUUUGCAUGGAAUGGACCAGAUUGCAGCCAUUCCCAUCUGUGAAAUGCAGCCCCUGGAGACGACAGGUGCUAACUUAUGAUGUUUUGCCUAAAUUCAAGCAGCCUCACGAGGUUCUGAUUGUGUCCUGAGACCUGCUGUGAGAAAAAAUGAUCACCUGCAGGGCCCUGACGUCUCUGCUGGUCACCCCUGUGUGUUAAAGAUGAGGGCAGGUUGCUCAUGCUUGGGCCAACAACGGUGGUAGCUCACUCUCAGUGGAGAGUUUGGAUUCGCCAACACUGCCUCAGACCUUUGUUUUUGAUUCUUGUUUGAAUACUGCAAAGCAGCUGAUGCUCCGCUUGUGUUGCCCCACCUGCUCCGCCUGCGUGCUCAUGGGACAUGAUAGGCUACGACAUCCUUUUUUUUUUUUUUAAAUAGCUGAACAAUGGUGCAAAAAAGUCCACUCUUCCUGGGUAUGCGUUGCUUUAGCAUUAACAGGUUGCAAUUCUCAUUAUGAGCAGCUCAUCAAGAGGACAGAGGUUAUGUCUGCAUUGUGAUAAAAGACCCACAGCAUGGCCACAGCUGGCCCGGGUCAGCUGACUGAAGCUCACAGGGCUUGGGCUGCGGGGCUAUAAGAUUACAGGGCAGAUGUUCAGGCUGGGGCUGGAGCCUGGGCUCUGGGACCCCACAAGUGGGGUGGGUCUCAGAGCCUGGGCUCCCUAGCAUCUACACUGUUGACCUUAGCAGUUGAAAAAUCAGGACACUUUUUUUUCCACAUUGCAGGGGGUUAGUUGUGUACAUAAGACAAAGUCCCUAAUAUCAAGACGUUUGGUCACCCUAGUUGUCCUAGGCUCUGAGACUUGGUUUUUAUCACAGUAUAGAUGUACAUCUGAAUCUCAUAAACCAACCUCAAUAACCAUUAGCCUUUCAAAUCCCAGCUGAACUCUUGGCCAACAACCUUCCAAUCCAUGCACUCACAAACACCCCACCUCUUACUGCACCCUGUUGUUGCAACUCUUCUUGUGCCUUUUGUCCUAUGCCUUUUGUCUGGGAGCUUCUAUUGUGUUCUGCACACAAAACGCUUGGCCUAACUUUUAACGAUCACUGAACUCAAAUGAGUCACACCUAGGUCUGAGAGGGACAUGAAAGACUGAGCAGUACACCCUGAAGUUUCUGGUUUCUUGGGUUGCUCCAGUUCCUUGUGGGCUGUGUUUUGUGAAUAUGACAAUUAUGCUGUUUAGUGAUAUUUCAUGGAAUCAGUUCUAAUUCUUCUCUCUUAAUUACUUAUUCCUUUCUUCUGUUGUUUUCAGUGUGUGGCAGCAGCAUUCUUUUUAAUAAGUUUUCACUGCCUGAUAGUCAAUCUAAAUUUUCUUCUAUAACUUCAUCCCAUGACUCCUAUCUAUACCGCCACUUGCCACCCUAAAUCAUUCCUUUCCCUGUUUGGUGUUAACAUCCUUCAAAAGCAUGUAGACCAGUUUUGCGGUCCCUCCCUCAGGGUGUGAUCCAGAGACCGCUGGAGUCAAUGGGCAUCUCUCCAUUGAAUUUAGCAGGCUCUGGAUCAGGCCCUUAGUCUGAAUAGGUAGGUCAUUAUCAUAACUCUUGUAAUCUUGUUUCAUGAUCUUGUUUCAAUCCCUUCAGCACCCUGCUCAUUUUCAUUGCCAUGUACUCUGUCCAUAGUUUUCUGGUCAGAUGAUGAUCUGAAUAGCUGAGGUCAAUUUAAAAAUGUGUACUUGUUCUUUUUAGCUCUGCAAAACAAAUGAAAGAACUAGGUGGCCUAUAUUCUGCAUUCCUUUUCUCUGUCUAGGUUUGUAUAUUAUGAUCAUCACCAAAGUAUCUUAAGGUAUGUCUACACUGCAAUAAAAAGUCCGCGGCACCCAGACUCAGAACCAGGUCAGUUGACUUGACCUCCCAGGGCUUGGGCUGCAGGGCUAAAAAUAUCAGUGCAGAUGUUUGGGCUGUGGCUGUAGCCCAAGCCCAGACUUUGAGGUCCUCCCCAUUGUGGGGCCUCAAAGCCUGGACUCCAGAUCGAGCCCAGUCAUCUACACUGCAAUUGUCUAGCCCCCCCAGCCCAAGCCCUGCGAGGCCAAGUCAGCUGAUGCAGCUAUGACCUGAGUCUUUAUUGCAAUGUAAACCAUACUCUGUGUGAAUGGAUCAGAAACCUUUCUGCUAAGUUCUGAUUGCUGAAUCCUUAUGCCUUUAAUGAUGAUUUUGGGUCAGCCCUGUCCUAGCAGUGGAUCCACCUGCAAACAUGGUGGCAGUUCAAAUCUGGAUCCAAACUUGGCAAGUGGAGCAGAGCUUUGGUUCAAGACCCUUUCUAAUUAGAAGGUUAGGUCCUCAGGUGGUUUUAAAUCAUGUAGAGCCACUGAAAACACUGUUGAGGAUGUGGCCUGCAAUAUUCAAAACAUUUAUCAUUUAACAUAGACUAUUGCUAUGCAAACUAGUUCCAUUACCUCAUUGAAAAACAAAAGGCCUUUAAGCCUAUGUAAAGCACUGUCCAAUAGCAUAGCAAUCUUAUUGAAAUUAUUUUUAUUCAGACUGGAACAAUCCAAUCUUGUGUAAUAUGUUUCUCUGCUGUCUGUUUGGAUGAAAACAAACCUGCAGAAGCUGCUUUCACUGUGCUGCCCGUAUGCCUCCAUAAACAGAUUGCAUUCAUUAAAGGCUCCUAUCAGAUUCACAUCACAAAAUAAGUUGGAGACAUUUUAGAAGUCACACUGCAGUCACAUCACACAUGCCUACAGCUGUGUUCGCUAUAGUGCACACACAAGUGUCUUUUGGGCAGCUGCCUUCUCCAGGGAAAGCUUUGAAAACCUUUCUGAACAUCUUGACCAUAUUCCACCUCCGCCCCCAAUCCCCAGAGCAUCAUAUUGUCAGUUCCACAUUACAGUCCUGGACAUAGACAUUGCUUGACUUGAAAACCUCAGGGUUUUCUUUUUUUGUACCCACUCUUUUCCUGCCAUCCUUGAUACACACAUGCACACAAUCUUGAAAUCCUUACUCAAAACUCUCACUGAAGUCCGUGAGAACUUUAUCUGAGUGAGGAGUGUCGGGUCUGGUACAAGUGAAUAGUGUGUGUGCAUAUUUCAUCUUGUAUUAAUUCAGUCACUUUUCCAGUCAGUAUCAGCCACGUACUUACUUAAUUUCCUUGCAAAAGAGGAAAUAUUCCGAGCACAAAAUGGAUGCAAUGGUAAAUUUCCUCUCGCUCUUAACAUCAGGUGGAAAGCAUGAAUGUUUGCAAGAACUACAGCUAGUGGCUUUUCCCAGCAUGAGUAAGAGAUAUAGGUAGGGAUAUUGCAAUAGUCUGGCUUAUCUCUAGUUUUAUUUCUCUCUGUUUUGAUCUACUCCAUUGGCCUUUACUCGCUGGUAUAUUUUGUGUGCUAGCCAACUGUAUGUAAAAGGAGAAAUGGGGCCUGAUCAAAAAGCCCAGAUUUGAACAACCCUGAAAUUUGGAAAGAACGUUGCAGCCUUAACUCUAGAAUGAUCCAAACUCAAAACCUCAAUCCAGACACCCCCAAACUUUGGAUCCAAAUCUGAUCUCUAGCAACAUCCUGACAUUUCCUCCUUCCACCUGUGUUCUAAAUUCUUGUUUCCCAUUUUUCAGCCUUGUUACAGAGAGGAUUGAUGGACAAAGGUACCUGGUAUGUAAGGGGUUAAAAUGCUCUCUCUGUCAUCCAGAAAUAACUGCUAGAAGUUAGGAUUGUCAGCAGUUACUUUCCCUCCUGCUUGUAACUCAACAAUACUAACACCUGAGUUACCAAGCAGCUAAACUAAUCACCUACGGCUAACAGAAAUAGAAGAAAGAACAGGAGUACUUAAGGUGUCACAACUACUCCUGUUCUUUUUGCGGAUACAGACUAACAUGGCCGCUACUCUGAAACAGAUAGGAGAGCUGUAGGAAGCUCUGUCGAUUUGCCUCUGAACUUCAAGAAGCCCCAGGCUUUUUGGUGGAGCUGUGUCUGAUACAAGCCACAUUUUGAUUCUUGGCCUUCAUUAGUUGAGCUCUUAAACAGGUUGCUCCCCGGCACCAACUUGCCUGACAACUUCCUUGCAGUUUGCCUUGAUGAGCUGGUUGCACCACUCAGGCUUUUCUUCUUGCUGGCUUGUCGUCCAGCCAGUUUGAGAUUGUUCUAGUUUAGCCCUCACUUCUACUGGAGGGAGAUAUGGCAGCUGUCGCAGAAGGAGGAUGUGGAGAAUUUGAGAGGGCCUGUGUAUUACCUUCAUCUUUAAACUCUCGCCUAUACUUGGGGGAGUUUUUAUUUGCUCUGUCUUCAAUCUGUCUCUAACUUGGGUUAGCCUCUCCUACUCCCUUUCUCCUCAUUGGGUGGAAAACGUGCUCAUGAAUGGAAGUUUGUUUCCUUAGAGGUGUAUUGCUGAGUGGAGUGCAGUGUUCAAGGGGUCAUAUCUUCAGCUGGUAUAAAUCAGAUUGUUUCUAUUGAAGACCAGCGGCAAAAUUUUCAAGCAUCAAAGUGAUUUAGGAGCCUUGUUCCCAUUUUCAGAAGCAGGGUGGCCAGAUGUCCUGAUUUUAUAGGGACAGUCCCGAUUUUGGGGUCUUUUUCUUAUAUAGGCUCCUAUUAUCCCCCAUCCCAUCCCAUUUUUCACAUUUGCUGUCUGGUCCCCCUAUUGGGAAGAGACAUAGGUCCUUAACUGCCAGAUUUUUAAAGGUAUUUAGGCAUCUAAAGAUUAAAUCUAUGGAAGCUAAGUACCUUGGCACUUCUGACAAUCCCACUAGAUACCUGUCUGUAUCACUAGGCUCCUAAAUAGCUUUGAAAAUCUGGCCCUCAGAAACAGACGUCAUUGAAAGUUUUAAGAACCUAAAUCCAUUUUGAAAAUGGGAAUUAGGCUUCUAAAUUCUUGAAAUGUUUUUGAAAAUUUUACCUAGUCUCUCCCAAGGAUAAGCCCCACCAUGAUGCAAUCAGUCCAUGGCAGAAAUGAAAGCUUACUUUUGUGCUGACCGUAACCGUUAAAAACAAAAAAACAAACAAACCCAAACCUGGAAACCAAAAAUCCAGUCUGCACUGAAAAAAUAUUUACAUAAUCCCACUUCCUAGUUAUACUGUUCAAAACGAGUGUUAUGCUUCAAUUCCCAGAAUGUUUUAAAUCACGAUUGGAGGUUUUCUUAAAAGAUCUGCUUUAGUUCAGACAGGAAUUAUUUUAGGGAAGUUCCUGGCCUGCAUUAUGCAGGAGGGCCGACUAGAUGAUCACAAUGGUCCCUUCUGGCCUUGGAAUCUGCUAGUCUACUCACAUUUUUUCCAGUGAGAAAUUUGUGCACCCUUUGCUUUUCAGGUGCUUUUAAUUUAAAAUUUGUAAUGCCAGGAUAAAUUUGAUUUAAAAUAUUACAGGUUCUUAUCCAUGCCUGGGGGAAAAAUGGGCAGUUUUCCCUUUCAGUGGAUUAUUAGAUUAGGAAAGGAGGUUGACUCAAGUGAAAACUGUUCUGGGAGCGGCAGUGGCAGACAAGGCAGCCGUGCCUAUCGAGGAGUUGUUGAAAAUUUGCAUCUAAUAAACUUUCCUACUUGUUCCUGCCAGCAUACCUUCCACAAAUGAACCGUGAGUUAGACUUGUAGUGAUAAAGUAGGAUUUGUUGCUCCAGAUUUCCUGUCCUUAUUUAUUUUUAUAAUUGUAAAUGGAAAUAUUAAAAAGACUGAUAUGUCUGUAAUUCAAUCUUUUUUUGGUAGUGAAGACAUUCCUGAAUACUGCUGGUUCCCUUUUUCAAUCCCAGCUGUAUGUUAAAAGCUGCUCUAUCAUAUAUAUCACUGUUUUCAUUUCCAGCAACAGCUGUAGACCAAACUCUUUAAUUGCCCAGCAAGAACCUCCCUCUAAAAUUCCAGGGGAACCUGAAAACACCUGAGUAAUAUGGUGGAACUGAUCUCCUGACAUUAAAGGGAGCGACUUUCUAAAGUGCACACCCAGUGUUGGCCUAACUCGGGCCAGGUCUACUCUACACACUUCAGUGUAACUAUGUCACUCAGGGGUGUGAAAAAUCCACAUCCCUGAGUGAUGAAGUUAUACCAGCUGUAUAGACAGCACUGUGUCAGCAGGAGAGUUUCUCCUGCCAACAUAGCUACCACCUCUAGCAGAGAUGGAGUAAGUAAGCUGAUGCGUGAGCUCUCUCUCUCCUGUUGGCUUAGGGCAUCUUCACAGUGUUACAGAGGUGUAGCUGCACUGUUUGUAGUGCAGACUUGCCCUCAGCUUCUAUUAAGUCUCACUGGCUUCCACUAUCUAUGUAAACUCCUCUCCUAUUACAGAAUAUAACAUCCUAAUGAGAACUGAGUUAGGCCAGCACUGUGGGCUCUGGAAAAUCCCAACCCAAAAGUUCAUAAUGCCACGUACUUUUAACGUAUACAGAUAAUAUUGGCUUGAUCUAUCUUCCUGUGUGUGUUAAUUUAUGAUGUUGGUAUUAUGACAAUUUAAUACCAUGAGUAGGGGAUAUGUUCCUUUUGAAUGCUGGGGAAACUUACUUUUAUGUUGUGGCAUAGCUUCCUUCCUAACAGGACCAGUUUGAUUCCUUGGAGGUACUUGACUUGAUUAUUUAAGUUUUUAAAACCACUGUGGGCUGCAAGUAGCUUCAUAGCCCCCUGCAGCUGACGCAUCAAUAGAUACAGCUUCUAAACUAGUUCUGAAGAAAGGGCCAGAGCCAAGCUUUGGAAAAGGGAUUCUGCACCUCUGACUAAAUAGCAUAUUAUUUACUGAGACUGUAAAGCCAGCUGUACAAAUGUACGUGUUUUGAGAACAGCGUGUUUACUGUUGUAAAGUUUGUAAAUAUUUUUUUAAAUAAAUGUAGAUUGAGCAAA